GUGAGAGGGAGAGUGAGACAGACAGAACGCUCGGGGGGUGAAAUUUAAAACACACGGCCAAAGUGCAUGACUAAGCCUCUUCCAGGCUUAAACUGUGUGUGUGUGUGUGUGUGAGAGAGAGAGAGAGAGAGAGAGGAAGAGACAGAGAGGAGUGUGUGCUAGUAAUGAGGGGGUUGUAGGAGGGGCUCUGACUUAAAGAGAGCAGGCUGGAAAGAGAUCUGAGCUACUGGGACUUUCACUUUCAGCACGCAAGUUGCCUUCAGAGAGAGAGCACAGCUUGAAGGACUAAACAAAGUAUAUCAGGCCACUCUCCUGCUUAUUGCAUUAAGCUCUGCAGCUAGCAACAGUGCAAGAGGAGUGAUUAUAAUUUGAAGGCUGUGAAGAAGAAAAGAGGGCAAGAAGCAUUCGAAAGAGGAGAAAAUGAGCAUGUGAGAGGGGAAAACAGAAAGAGAAAGGGUCUUGCUGCAGCUGGUCCCCUUCAUGUCCUUUCAUUCCUGGCGUUAGGAAAGUCCAGAAGGAUUUGGAAAGUCCCUGAGCAACCAGAAGUACCAGGAGCUGUCAUUUGGACAGAACAGCAAAAAGAGUGUGAGGCUUGACAGACCCUUAGAAGAAGCAUACCUCUGCACUUAAAUUAAGGAAACCACUGAGAGGAAACCUGCGGUUGACUAUUACUUCAAACGGAGAUAGUCUGCUGUUUUUUACACACAACUGAAGGACUCAACCCAUAGACAUGGAGCAUAGGCCAUAUAUCUGUAGAUGAAAGAAUGUCACCAACAGUGCUUCUACUUUUAUCGAUACUGAUAGUUCGAGUAUAUGGGUGCCAUGACUCUGACAAUUUCAAACACCGUGUCAGAGAUUUGCUGGGAGAGACCAAGGAAAACCAACGUACUGAAUUUCGACAAGUUUUCCCAACCAAUUAUUAUGUGUCACACCACUACAACACGAGUCUACUCUGCAACGAUAACCCGUGCUGUGUAUUUCCUGCUGCAGUGGUUCUAUGUGACUCCUGGUCCCAGCUCCUUAGACACCUUCAUAAAGAGAACUACAGAUAUGUAUUCAUAGGAGAUCUAAUAUCUGUCCUAAAAGAUAUUACCAAAGGGAAAUUCCAGGAAACGCCGGAUCUCUCCAUAUUCCCUCCUGUGUCUUCCUCCCCCGAUGCCCUGCUUUCUUUUACUGUUGCUGUUCUUUCGAGGUGGGAGGAACUAGAAUGUCCAUCCAGCGUGAGUGGAUGUGUGUUCCCUACAGCAGCCCCUGAUCAGGAGGAGGAUGAAGAGGAUAUGAUGGUAUCCGAAGGGAGUGAGGGAAACACUGACAGUCAAUCUUUACAGGACCUUGAGAGAGAGGGGGAGAGAGGUAAAAGAUGGAGCAUAACGGCUGCGCCAACCAAUGUCGGUGCUGUUCAGUUUCCGUUCCCUGGGCAUGUCUUAUGGAGCUUCUGCCUUCUGUGGACUGCACUGGAUUGGUUGGAUGCUUAAACAAGUUAUAUGUUUCUCGCGUGCACAUGAAAUACAAGACUGCUUUUAAAAGCAAAGUAUGGCAAAUGUAUUUUUUUCUCCGAUAAGUAAAAGGGCCUUUCUUGCACUGACUGUCUGUCUUUGAUGUUUCUCAUCCAUCACCUAAUACCAGCCCAUCCAAUGCCAGUCUGUUGUGUGAUAUUCAAGAGAGUUGGGCAAAUUGAAAAGGACAACUAUUAUGCCAUAUCAAAGGUCACUCCAAGUAACCACAUAGACAAUACCAUGUAAUAAGCCAUAUUAAAUAUUUCUGAUAUUGGAUGUAUGCUGAUAUGUGUUGUUUCUGAAAUCUCAAAUGUUCCAGUGAGCUUAGCACUUGACCACCAACAGAAAAAGAAAAAACGAGUUUUACCUGGGAGGACUGUUGUGAUUGAUUAUUGUUUUGUUUACAAUUCUGAAGCAUUAUAGCCUAUAUGAUGUUUAUCAAAUUUAGUUUAUUUGUUUUUAAUAAAAGCACAGUAAAUGUACCCAGUGAAUGUUUGUAUAUAUACACCAUGUAAAUAAAAUUUGGGGAACAUAGUUAUUUGUUAUUUAUUAUGUGAAAUUGGGUAAUAUGUAAUCUUACAUUUGUAAUUUCAAAAGAAAUAUCUGACAUUUCCUAUAUUUAUGUAAAGUGUCACACAUUUUAAGCCACAUGUUAGAUUAUAUAAUAUGGCAUGAUAUAUUUAAUGUCAUUUUUAUCAAUGGAAUUAUUAUUAUUAAAUAUAGACAUAUUUCAUCAUUUCAAAUGAAGUAACCUGUUCAUCAUGCUGCCUUGUUAUCUCAUGGGGCAGCUUGUGCUAUGGUCCUUGGUGAAUAUGAUUCACAGAGAUGGGACAACAACAUGACCAACAACAGUUUGUCAUUGUUCAGUCCACUGCCUCACCCGGCAUUUCACAAUGCAGCUGCAAGUGAGGGAGCUCCAAGGAAUGUGACCAGACUAAUGGAAUGCUUUUUUCUGCAACUCUUGCUCUGUCUGACACCAUUAAAGAGAAGAAAAAAAAAAGUAAAAUA